UUUAGGGUGACUACAGUGUUCAGUCCUGGGCCAAUGGGGGAAUGAGGCUGUUUUCUGGCUCCACCCUCUUCCUCCAGGGGGUGCCUAAUGUCAGAGGGAUUGGGAUUGUUUCCUGUUCCAGAACAUUCAAUAUUUAGGAGGGGAGGGCCCCCCUGCCAUGGAACAAACUAUUAUGGUGGGGGUGUAGGGCAUUUUGUAUGUGAUUACAAGCGUUUCAUGUUCUUGGUUUGAAGUCUUUUCUGACCCCUCCUGUUUCUUCCCACCUUCAAGGACUUAUAGUAGUGUAGCGAGUUCCCUUCUGUCCUGAGGGAAAGAGACUUUGUUGCACAUUCCCUCCCACCCCUGCUGUCUCUGGAAGUUGGAACAGUCCUAGGGUGAAAGUAUCCAGUGCUGGCCCUGAGACUUCCUUUCCUCAGAGCCCUAGAAGGGAGAGAGGUGCUCGCUCUCUCUGGGCGUGGUAGGCGAGUGUAGUUGGCUGGCAUCCUCUGGCCCCAGCUGGAAAGGUGAGGUCUGGUGGGAGGUGUACCAGGGUCGGUGCUGGGAGGUGUACUAGGAUGAGGUAAAGUAUCAGGGGGACUUUAUGAGGGUCUGAGGGGGAGGGAGAGGAACACUGGAUGUAAGGAGACCAAGGUAGAGGGAGGGGCUAAGCAGCAGGGGAGUGGGACAACUGGUUGAUUUGUACCUGCAGAGCUAGCAAAGCCCCUAAAGCCCUCAGCCAUCAUGGCCAUGAUCCCCAAGAACCCCAGGAGAGGGUUCCAGCACAGCACAGUGGCGGCCGUCAUCAAUGAGAAGAUGGCGGGGCACGCCAAAGGCCCCGAGUUCUUCCUCGCGAAUGCAUCCCUGUCCUGGGAGGAGGUGGAGGGCAAGCUCAAGGCCAUCCUGGAGGACAGCACGGUGCCCAGCGAGGCCAAAGAGGCCUGCGUCUGGAGUAGCCUGGCCUUGGGCAUGCGCUUCGCCUACAGUCAGAACCAGUUAUUCAGGCAGAGGGUGCAGUGGCUUCAUGACUUCGCCAACAUGCACAAGUCAGCCGCGAUGGCCUUGGAGUCAAAGCUGAAGGACCUCAUGGAGCAGCUGGAGAGGGAGCGCAUGGAGUCGGCCUUCUGGCUGCGGCUGGGCCAGGCCAAGGUGGCAUUGUUGCAGAGAGAACGUGAUCUCCUGAGGUGGAAGAUCCACGGGUCUCAACCCUGCCCACUUCCCCAGAACCUGCAGGCUGCCCAGACGCAGGUCGCAGAGGAGCCAGGCCUUGCCAGCACCAGUGGGGCCGGGACAGAAGGAGCAGGUGAGAAGGAAGACCAGGCGGGGACAGCUGCUGCUACUGUUAUCACUGCUGGCGCCGAAGGAGGAGGAAAACUGAAGGAUGCUGAGAGGGCAGAGACCACAAAGGAGCCUGCUGGGGACCCCACCCAGCUUCCAGGAGCUGUAGAGCAGAACAUUCACGCCUCUGGCAGGCAGAGGGAGGGAAAUCUCAGGUCAGUGGAGACAGCGAGGUUUUAUUCCUCUGGGACGAUAAUGCAGGGGUCCACAGCCUCAGCAGCACCCACUUCUGUCCAGUUCCCUGCCUCGUUGACAUGCUCAUACUCCCGCCCCUUAUCCUUCUUCCCACCAGCACCCACACAAUCUACAUCAGCAGCCAUGUUCACAGCAGGAGCUCCAUCUCAGGCAGCUCCCCGCUGGGGGCCUUCUGAAGUUAACUUGUGGGCUUAUAUGGGGGCCCAGGGAUAUGAAGCUCAAGAACCCCAAAGAGACAGGAGAGCCUUCACUCCCUAUCAGCAGAGAAGACCUCCAAUAUUUCGCAGGCCCAGAAACUGGGACUGUCCUUGGUGUAAAGCCAUACAUUUUUCACAGAGGGAAAUUUGCUUCCACUGUGGGAAGGAAAUCUGA